ACCAUACUGCUGUCUAAAACAGAUUCAGUCAGUUAUCUUGUCAGAUGUUUUAGAACUUGUAGAUGGCAGAAUUUAAUUAUCUAUUGAAUACUGAAGUUGUAGAGUAUUUUGUGUAGAUACUCCUAGAGUAUUUGUUUGAUAUCACCGCUGUUUUAAUUUUAAAGAUACAAAAUUAACAAACAGCGUUGCUGCUGUAUGGCAUGUGGUUCAGGGUGGGAGUCUUUCCACUGGGUCUUGGUUUCAAGUGUAGGAGUGUUUUGUUGAUUGAUGGCAAAUGUUUGUGAAAUAUUUGUACUAAGUUUUAUGCCCACUAGCAGGUGGCUACACUCCAGAUCAUGUCUAGUACAUUUCUUCUUCUUCGAUGAAGGCAAGUGAAUGUAGCGGUGGUUGCUUCCGUUCUGACCUGUUAUUUCUAUUACCUACACUCUAAUAUUCAGAAGUAUCAGAUUCUUUCAUAAUUGGACUCUAUGGUGAUGCUUUACUUGCUUGCAUUAUACUGAUGCUCAAUCAUAUAUUGAUGAUGAUUAUGAUUUGAGUAUGACUCACGAGAUUAAUUCACAUAUCUGAAGGUAAAUGAAGUAUUAUUUGAGGUUGGUAUUGUAUCUGAAGAUAAAUGAAGUAUUAUUUGAGGUUUGUGUUGUAUCUGAAGGAAGUGAAGUUUAUUGAUAAAUGUAGCAUGCCAUAUACAUUGCAUGACUCAUUUGCAUAUGAAGUUUUGUCGUGACCUAUGGUCCGACCGUACCGGUACAACUUAGCAUCGUACGUUGCCCGAGAAGGGGUACGAUGCGGCUUCAUACCCUUAGAGGUAUGAAGGCAGAGGACAUAUGCAUUGCAUUCAUAUGCAUUCAUUGAAGUGAUAUUUGCAGAUGAUGUGGUUUUAUACCCCCAGAGGUAUGAAGAUAGAGUACCUACGCAUUGCAUUCAUAUGCAUUCAUUGAAGUGAUAUUUGCAGAUGAUGUGGUUUUAUACCCCCAGAGGUAUGAAGAUAGAGUACCUACACAUUGCAUUCCUAUGCAUACAUUGAAGUGAUAUUUGCAGGUAUUGUUGACGCAGGGAAGUGUUAUAGAACCUAUUGUGGUUGUUCGAGGAAAUGAGAUGGUAUUGGUUAUAGUGGGACUACUGUGUUCUAUAUCUACAAGUAUUUCUGACUUUUUAUUGUGUCUCUUUUAAAAUGUUGAUGAAUUCAAUUUGUGGUUUAAAUAUCUCGUCAGAACAAUUAGCUUGCUGAGAUGUUUCAUCUCACUCUUGCAUUACUCAAUGCAGGUGCUUGUUGCUCAUCAAGGGGAGUGGGAAGUAGCAGCACAUCCACCUUCACUCUCAUAAUAAUGCUGCCCAGACACAGCCAUGAUUUAAUUAGAAACUUCUUGUCAAAGGAUGUUUGUUUUUAACUAGUCGUGCGUACUGAUUAGUUCAGUUCAUUGUUGUUAUGGUUGUCUUCCCAUUGCUAGCAGAUUAUUAAUGUCUUAUAUGUUUUCUUAUCAUGAUAUCUAUUUAUACUUUGUUGCUUCCCCCGUUUAUGCAAUUUUCAAAGGAGAUGCUGUCGAAAUUUUAUAUAUGAAUGUUAGAUGUGUAGUUUAGUAGCAUUCUGGGGUGUUUGUGGAUCUCGGGGUGUUACACCCUGCUUGUGCCCUACCACACUCCACAGGUUCGUCACAGGCCCAUGCCGCCCUCCCCUCAUCGGUGGCUCGACUCCAAUCCACGAUGGUCGAUGAUGGCUCCACCUCCAUCUUCCACCACCGGUUCGCCAUAGUGCCGCGCGGGCCUCCCCUCCCUGGUCGCUAGAACACUGAAGCUCUAGAUGAGAUCUCGUUUCUGCUUCAGAUUUCAGAAAACCGAAGUGCUAGAGUGACGAAUUCCUACUCCUCAGCAUCAGCCUCGAGGACCUAGACCGGGAGCGCGACAUUGUGGAGGAGCGUGACAUCCUGCUUGCCACCACAGCCAUGAUGCACGGCGGGCUGGCGAGGUUGGGCAUGCCCGAGAGUAGUCUGAGGAAUGGGCCGCGAUGCAGGCCAUUGCUUGUCAGUUUUUUUCCUUCCCAGGUUGCGGGGGUUGCUAUCUCAGGUGCUUCUUCUCUAUCUCAGGUGCUAUCUCAGGUGUUUCUUCUCUAUAACCUAUGUCAUGACCAGAAAUCAGAUGACACUAAGUUUCUCAACUGUAAUCGGUUGACAAUAUCGUUUCAUCAUCAGUUCCAACACUCUUGUACCCAAACUAUAAGUACUACAUUCCCAGUAUCAUGCAGACAUAAUAUGAGUUUAAUAACAUCUUUUUUAAUGUAUAGUUCAUAUAUAUGCUGGACCUGACAUUGUCAUUCAAUACUAAUUCACAGAGUACAUUUCAUUCUGUUAGAUAUUUGCACUGUAUUUUUUGGUGAAUCUGGAGCCGAAUUUGGUACAUGAAAGAGAGUUGUUAAAUCACAUAUCUAAACUUUAUUUUAUGUUUUAGAGCUUAUCCUCAAUCUAUAUUUUCAGACGCAAGUAGGAUAUGAAAUGCAAAAUAAUAGUUGCACAUUACGAUUAGCUAGACCGUAGUAUAUGAUUAAUUAAUGGAGACAUUUGCCAUGUCAGUUUAAUUUUGCAUUACUGAAUACAUGACCACAAGGUACAUGAAAGAGCUAUCUGUACAUGAAAGAGUUGUUAAAUCACAUAUCUAUACUUUGUUUUAUGUUUUAGAGCUUAUCCUCAAUCAACUGAUUAUAAUAUCUCUUCAUGCUACUUAAUCUUUAUUUUCAGACAUAAUUAGGAUAUGAAAUGCAAAAUAAUAGUUGCACAUUACAAUUAGCCAGGCAGUAGUAUGUGAUUAAUGGAGCACAUUAGUUAUUAUUCUUGCAUCGCAAUAUCUAGCUGUUCACUGAAUUGCAUCUUUUGUUCUCUGUUGUCUUCACAGGUGGAAGAGACUUUGUUCAAAGAAACUAAGGUGUUUCUCUUCUCAUAUUCCGGUGUUUAUUUAUAACAUGCCUUUGUUUUAUUAUUUUGGUUUUUAAGUGUAAUGCUUAUAUCCUAGUUUGGAUAUCCAGUUUAAAGAUAUCCCAUCUAAUGGAUGAACCAUCAAUGCAUGCCUAUGUUGUUUCAUAAUUGUUAUUUCACUAUAAAAGCCAUGCAGUAUUUGUUGCCCUAUAACAUAAAUUAGACUUUGGGGUUUAGCUUUUAAUUACCUAAAUGAGCAGCCUCAUCAACAACUUUGUCUGAAGCUAACACGUGUGGAAUUGAAGGUACACAUAUUUCAAAAGUGAUUAUAUUCUACACUUUGCUUUUGGUGUAUUUUUAUUUUUUAUUUUUGCCUCCAAUAUGAUUGUAUUUUGCUUGGUUUUAGGUCAUUCCAUCUUAACUCUAGACUUUCAAAUAAAUUCCAUGUAAAAGGUUCUUUUAACUUUAAUAACUUUGCUCUUCUAAGUACCUCUACAGUGUGAGAUAAAUUCCACUUAAAAGGUCUUUUUCAUAUUUAUGUGUAGUCUGCUAGGUCACACAAUGUACAUAUUCAUGUUUCACUAGGGUUUACUUUUGCAGUGCUAUUGGUACUUCAUUUUUCCGGAUUUCAUAUUAAAGUACAUAUAAUGGUUUCACUAUUAGUUAGAACUAUUAUGGGCGUCUUCACCUGUUUCGCAAUGGCUUCUAUGUCUUUUGUGGAGCGAUGACCAUACCCAUGCUUGAAUAUUAAGAAACUUUAGUCUCGAAGGUUUUAGAUUACCUUUUGUUGUAGAAGGUUUUUCUGACUUGGUACUGCUGUUUUCGAAUUGCUUGCGUUUUUUUAUAGCCAGCUAUCCUUUCUUAACCCAAUCAUGCAUUUAACCCUAUCACAUGGUACUGUUGUUUUGGUGUAUUUUGGUUUUUUAGGGUUUAGGGUUGAAAAGGCCAGCAACAUUCACUGCAUGGUAGUAAAAUUAAGAGUCAAUAACUAUCUUUGGAACUACCAGCUAUAGCAUGUACCUUGGUUAAGCUCUGCUGUUGUUUCUUGAGGAGCGGAGCUAAGUCAGAUCAAAUGAAAAUCUAACAAAUUUAUCUCGAACUUUUUAGAAUUAUUUAUAUUCAACAAAACAAGAAGAUUUUUUGGCGCAUGUUCGUUUGUGUUACCUUGAAUUAAUGUUUUGUAUCAGUUCAUUAGUCAAGGUUGUGCAGAACUGUAAGGUAAUCAUACCCACAAGAUCAAAUGGAUCAAAUUUAGAAUGUAAUGAUUGUAUAUGAAGUAUGUUCUCAUGAUAAAACAUAAAGCUUGACAUUGAACAUUUCCUUUUUUUCUUGUAAUUCUCUUCCUUAGGUUUAGCCUUCUUUCAAUUCCUUGAAAUGGUACUUGCCCACAUUCCUCUCACAUGAAUUUACUAUCCUAAGAACUAAUUAACUACUAGAGUUAUUAAUGCAAAAAUGAUCAACUAAUGUUAGCUUAAUGAUUUCUACAGUUGCUGCACUUCAGGCUUUGAUGAAUAAUUGGCAAAAUGAACCACCAAGCUGGACAUGUUCAACUAAUCUCUACUACUCUUUUAUCAGGCGAUUUCUCUUAGCCAAUGAAGACAUUAAGAGAGAUACACAUUGAUGUGUGCCAUGUAAGUAGUUUUCUUGACCAAGUUUCUUCUGUUGCUUGUCUUUUCUCUUAUGGUUGCACUCAUAUUUUCAUUUUCAACUGGUAUUUUCAUUUUCUUUGUGCAAUCCAACUACUACAUCUAUCACUCCAGUAUCAUCCUGAACAUUUAAAAUAUGUACCCUAUAGUAGUAUGGAGUUGCACAUAUAUAUUUUAGAUCCCAGUGCCCAAAAUCUUUUAGAUCCCAGUUCAUACCAAUUUAAUGUUAAGUUUGCCCCCGCAACUGAUCUCGAUUUCUAUUUUCUCAGCAUUAUAUUGGUGAUAUCUCAAAGUUGGAUGCAUUGAAAGGCUUUGCUAAAGGUUUUCCUGGUUUUUAUCAUAGAUCCGUGCAUAGGAUUUGUCUUGGUUUUUUGUUUGUUUUAGAGAAAGCAAUAUUCUAACAUGGCAUGGUCCUACCUUGCUUUCUUAUUUGUCUGUGUUGUCUCCUGCAUGUUCUACACAAAAUCUUUGUAUGCCCACAAUCUUUGUAUUCUAACAUCGAUAAGUGCCCAAAAUCUUUGUAUGCUUCUAAACAGACCUUUGGUAUUGUUGUACACAUUGGAUUCAAUACCACUUCUGUUGUCCCCGUAAGUAAUUGUCCAUAUUUAUAUUAUUAAGGGUUUUCAAUUAUUUACAGUGUGUUCCCAUGCGUUUGGUGAACAUUAGCCAUGCUGUUUGGCAUAUACAUCUUUUAGCUGCACUUAUCGAUGUCAUUUACAUUUCACCAUUUUGAUAAUAUGUUUUCUACAAUCUUUCAAGGUAGGGUAAUGUAUAAGAAAUGUGUUGAAACUGUGGGGCAAGAUGCCCUUAAACUCACUGGAUUUCUCAAGACGUUAAUGCAGAGGAGAAAUUAAUCCGAAACUUUGCUACAUAGCUGCUGAUUAUGAAGUUGAAUUACGUAAGGAUACACACAUGUCCUGCGAGGUUGAUGUUGAAGGGUGGUUCACCUGCUCGAAGAGAGAUUCAAGACUCCAAAAAUCCCAUUUCAGCCUCAUAUGGGAGGAACGUGCGAAAUGUUUAGAUAUUGUUUAAUUCUGCAUCUAUUACAAUUUAGUCAUUGUUGUAAAAUGUUGAUCUUGCCCUUGAAGGCGUGCUAUGGGCUUGCAUAAAGUAGUUCUCUAUGUAUGGAUCACUGCUAUUUUUUCAGGAACGGUUGGUGAUGAUAGCUGGUAGCUGGUACAAGACAAUCAUUUUAGUUUGUGGUUCGUCAUGCUUGCCUGGUUUACCAGUUGGUACACUAUGUGGACAGGUUAGGAAGAGAUACCCCAAGGGUGAUGCUAAGGAGAUAAAGAUCCACAAGAUCAAGGACUUCCUUCUCACGGCGAGGAGGAAUGAUGCCCAUUUCGUGAAGAUCAAGAGGAGCAAGGAUGUUGUCAAGUUCAAGGUGCGCCCAUUGCAAGUCCAACCUGUUCCCCCCAAUUCAGCACCAGCCUUUACGCAUCGCAACAGCGAUAUCGGGAAGAGGAAACUCGAAAGCCCGGCGAGCGGUAUGGCAACCGGCGAGGAGCAUGUGGCGGCGCCGGCGGUCGAGGAUACGUUAGAGAAGAAGCAGGCCAGCACAACCGAGCUGCCCGCACCCUCGGGCUGGACGAAGAAGGGAGUUCCAAUGUUCUACAUGGGCGAUGAAUAUGGUCACACAAAGGGAGGGAACAACAAUACGUACUGCCAUGACCAUUAUGUCAAUUAUUUCUGUUGGGAUAAGAAGGAAGAACAAUCCUCUGAUUUGUACAGAUUCUGCCGUCUCAUGACCAAAUUCCGCAAGUAAAUAAUCUUCCCGCCAAAUAGUUUCCGUGCUAAACUAAUAUGGUUCCUCUGUUCACCAAAUGGCGAGAUCCUGUGCAGUUUACGUUGCCACUGUCUAUUCAUAUUCUUUUGGUGUGCAAUACACGGAAUGUGAAUCUCUUGGCCUUGAGGACUUCCCGACUUCAGAACGGUUGCAAUGGCACGGUCAUCAGCCCGGGAAGCCUGACUGGUUAGAGGCAAGCCGAUUCGUUGCCUUCACCAUGAAGGACGAAACCAAAGGCGAGAUCUACGUGGCCUUCAACACCAGUCACCUACCGGUGGUCGUCGGGCUUCCAGAGCGCUCUGGGUUCCGAUGGGAGCCGGUGGUGGACACCGGCAAGGAGGCACCAUAUGACUUCCUCACCGAUGGCCCUGCCAGAUCGUGCUGUCAUCGUCUACCAGUUCUCUCAUUUCCUCAACUCCAAUCUCUAUCCUAUGCUCAGCUACUCCUCCAUCAUCCUUGUAUUGCGCCCUGAUGUCUGAAAGAAGCGGAUACAAUAGAGUAUACUGUAGCGGUAGUAUAUAUUUUUUCUUUGACUUCCUUUUGUAGAUCUGCCAAACACAAACACAACUAAGCAAUGUAGCACAUACUAUUGGCAUGACCCUCCACUCAUUUACAUUCUAAAUUGGAUAUAUUUUUAUAGUUCCUGAAUUUGAUCACUCCUAAAUACUUUGUCUGAAA